UUGCACCCGGCGGCGACUGAGAACGGUGGCGGCUGCGGAGCCUGCAGCUCAAGCGGGCGAUGCCCCCGUGAGUCUCUGUCGCCGCCCCUCCCCGCCCCGCGUCCCUACCCCUUCGGAGUCGCCGGGCCGCGCCUACCGCCGGGUCCGCGGGGCGGGGUCCCGGGGCAGUACCUGCCCCGCCUUGCGGAGCUGCUUCUGGCUGCUGAGCCCGGCUCCCGGCGUGGACCCCCGACUCCACCUCGGGAGUUCCCUGAAGCCCUGCUGCUCUGAGGACCAUGUUUAACGGGGAGCCUGGUCCAGCCUCAGCUGGGGCCUCCAGGAAUGUGGUGCGGAGUUCCAGCAUCAGUGGUGAAAUCUGUGGAUCCCAGCAAGCUGGGGGCGGGCCCGGGACCACCACAGCCAAGAAACGACGCAGCAGCCUGGGCGCCAAGAUGGUGGCCAUUGUGGGCCUGACCCAGUGGAGCAAGAGCACAUUGCAACUCCCCCAGCCUGAAGGGGCCACUAAGAAGCUGCGCAGCAACAUCCGUCGGAGCACAGAGACUGGCAUUGCAGUGGAGAUGCGGAGUAGAGUCACACGCCAGGGCAGCCGGGAGUCCACCGAUGGGAGCACCAACAGCAACAGCUCUGACGGCACGUUCAUCUUCCCCACCACGAGGCUUGGAGCAGAAAGCCAGUUCAGUGAUUUUCUGGAUGGCUUGGGGCCAGCCCAGAUAGUGGGGCGACAGACACUGGCAACACCCCCCAUGGGAGAUGUGCAUAUUGCCAUCAUGGACCGGAGUGGCCAGCUGGAGGUAGAAAUAAUUGAAGCUCGGGGUCUGACCCCCAAACCAGGCUCCAAAUCCCUCCCAGCCCCCUAUAUCAAGGCUUACCUGCUGGAGAAUGGGGCAUGUAUAGCCAAGAAGAAAACAAGGGUGGCCAAGAAGACUUGUGAUCCCCUGUACCAGCAGGCGCUGCUCUUUGACGAGGGGCCCCAAGGCAAGGUGCUUCAGGUGAUCGUCUGGGGAGACUAUGGUCGUAUGGACCACAAGUGCUUCAUGGGCAUGGCCCAGAUCAUGCUGGACGAGCUAGACCUGAGCGCUGCAGUCACUGGCUGGUACAAACUCUUCCCUACAUCCUCUGUGGCUGACUCCACACUUGGAUCCCUCACCAGGCGCCUGUCCCAGUCCUCUCUGGAGAGUGCCACCAGCCCCUCAUGCUCCUAAGGACCUCACUGAGGACAAGAGGCUGGGGGCUGGUGUGGGGAGGGAGCCUGUUGGCCCCACUGCCCCUCUGUACAUAGUCUCCAUGUCUUUCUGGACCCCUCGUCCUGCUGCAUGCCUGUUGGCUACUGGGCUUGUCCCAGCUGGCAGUGGAGACUGUAGUGUGUGUCUGUGUGUGUGUGUGUCUGUGUGUGACUACAUUAUAUCUGUUCACUUGUCUGGGUGUGGUCAGUCCUGGUGACCACAUGGCCUACAAUCCGUGUGUCUGUAUCUUGCUGAAAAGAAACCCAAAGGAAUGUCAUGUGGAUACAUCUCACCCCCAGAGACUCCAGGGGUGGAAGUGGGGGAUGUGACCACUGGUCCUCCCUGCCUGGUUCCUGCCUGGGCAUCUUAUGGUAGUCUCUGCUUGGUUUCCUGUCUCGUCUUUUGUUCUUCUCUUUGCCUCUCCCAGCAUUGCUGCUCUUUUUUGAGGAAUGUAGCAUCCAUUGCAGCUGACCACACCUGGGCCCCUCUGGGAACCCCCUUUUCUUCUCUUUCCCCAAGCCACUCUGGUGGCUGUUCCACUGAAUGCACUCCACAGCAUGUGGCAUGCUCACUCACUGCCCAGACCAGGGCCCUGCGAAGAUAAAUGAUGUGUCUGGGGAGUAGGGGCUUUGAGAGUUUCUCCCUGGGACUGGCUGGUACUACCUCCUUAUAGGCAAGACUGAGUUCAGGGGUGCUGACUAGACACCCUAAAGGGAAGUUCCGGGGCCUCUUCUCCCUCAACAUCCAAAGGCGCUUUCCCAGUGGGUGCAGGAGGUUGCCUCAGAUGGGUUGUUGUCUCUCGAAGAAGAUGGCACUCCCCUGUCCUCUGGGCUUACCCCCAAGAGGGUAUAACUUGGUAAGAGGUGUCAUGGACAGGGCUGUUUGGUAGAGUAAGGAGGGCCAAGGCUGACUUGUUCUUUGCCACCGUUAAGAAUCCUGUCUGACCUGGGGUUUGGCUCAUGAAGCUGUUCUUCCCCGGCUCUGUCAUCUUUGCUCAUUUACAGACAUAAGUUUCCAUCUGGAGUUCUGACAUACUCGGGCUCCAGCCUUCUAGCUCCAUGAGCAGCCUGGCUCUGCAUUUGAGGGUGCCACUGUUACCAGCUCUGUACAAGCAAUACUCACCCCUGAGCCUCCCUGCCUUUCUGUGUGCUCUGCAAGUGCACUACCCUCUGGGUAGUGGUCUGCCCUGGGCACCCCAGCUGCCUCUGCUUUACUUCUUACCUUUAUCUGUCUGGGGCUUCUUCCAGCCACUCGGAACCCUGUUAGGGGGACCAGUUCCUGGGUUAGGUCCUGAGAUGGCUGCUGGGAGUCCUGAAGUCUGGUUCAGGAACACCACAUCCAGCCCUCCAUCAGGGUGAAGGGUGAGGCUUCCUGGGAUAUGGCCAAGAAGCCCUGGUUCCAUGUCUGAUAGGAGGAAGGAGAUGAUGGGGUAGGGGUAUGGGGAAGGCUCUUUUUCUGCCUCCUCUCUAACCUGUCUCCAAGUGCUGCUGUGUCUUAGACCUAGACAGGGAGAGCUACCAGGGUAACUGUGAAGAGGCUGGGUCUGAGUGGAUUCUGUUCGUACCAAAGCUGGGGUGCAUAAGGCCAUCCCUGCCCAAAGGGUCUCUUUGUCUGCCAAAGAUCCUCCCCAGGCUGCAGCCAGAGUCCUGCAUCCUCUUCCCAAGGAAAGGAGAGGAAGAAUCUCCAGGGAAAACUUGGGUUAGGGAAGGGAGUAAGCAAUACUGAACUUCUGUUCUUGCAUUUGUAGAGGAGACACAUUUGUGCAGGCAGGAGAGUGAGGAGGUGGCCAGGCUCAGCUUCCUCUUUAGGAUGAAGUUCUCUUCCAGUCCAUUAGGACUGGGGAGUGCAUGUGCCUCCCAUACCUCUAAAAGCAGGCCAAAGGGCUCUGGACUCUGACCCUAAUUGGGAGGACAGGAAGGAAACCGGCUUGUAAAGGGUGUUUUUAGCUCGUGGUGUACUCACCUCUAAAGCAGUUGUCUUCUGGAUGGUGUGAAAACUAUUUGUAAUGGAGGAGUAUCAGUGACCCACUGGUAGCAUAGAUCUUUGCUGACGUGGCACUGACUCACUCUCAGAAGUGGGGGCUGUCAACACCCUCCUGCCUUGAGGGACCCAGGAGGCACUGGGAGAAGGUGGGAGCUGCCUGAAGAGCGGAUACCCUGGGUAACUACAGGCCUCAGUGUCCCUUGCCUCUGAGGAGGUCAGCACAGGGGAUGGUCUAGACAGAGGAGGGGCCAAUGUGCUGGAAACUAGAACUGACCUGCUGGCAGUCCCUAGCUGUAAAUUGCCCAGGAGUUGGGCACUCUGCUGUUCCACCUGUCUUAUGGAAGGUAACUUCCCCAAAAUUGAUCUUGGGGAAUUAACUCUUUUAACUUUUUAUAGUAAAUAAGUUAUUAAUCCCACGUAGAUUUUCCCCCACGAGGGUGCAGUUGUAUAAGGCUGCUGUGUAUGUAUGAUGGGGAGGCUGAAUUUAAGAGUUUACUUCUCAACACUCUAGAUGCAGGGCUGCCCUCAGAUGCCACUCUGGAGUUAGCUUGUCCCAGAAGAGGACUGUGACUCCUGGCCUUUCCUGGGCUGGGAGAGAUCUGCCCUUUGAGGCAAGACAAUGGGCUAAGAAGGAACUGUGUCCUUCUGGGUUCUCACUUCUGUGCAUGGGGCCACCUCACAUAACCUCUCACCCAGGUAAAAGUGGCAGUGGCUACAGAAGAGGGCUCCUGGUUGUCCCGUGUCCUUUGGGCCAGCCGGAUUCAUGGGUGAAAUGGCUGAGACGGGAGUGGCCCUGCAGUGAUGCCAGGCUGUGGGCAGGGACAGUGCUAGAUGACUCAGAGCAUCUGUCUCCCUUUUUCUGCCCUGCUCAGCCUGUCCCACUUUUGUCACAGAUUCCUUCCCUACAGGAAAGUCUGGGGUGGGUCUUUGUGACUUGAAACAGGUUCUAGGAAAUGGGUCAAGUUUUAGUUUGACAAGGGGCAUUUGAUCCUUCAGGAAAGAACCAGCUCUGAUCCCAUCCAGUCUCUUCUUCCAACCAGCUCCACUAGGAAGGAGCAUUUAGGAGGUUCCUGGGAUCCAACGGGUCCCGGGCAAUGCCAGUAUGUCAUAGGGCUAAGGCAGGAGGAGGAGGGCUCAAGAAAGGGGUGCCUGGAUAACCCCUCACUUGGGGAAUCACUGCCUGUUGGAGCACUGGGGUCAAGCCAACUCUCCCAGGGGCUCGAC